CUGAGGUCUUUACCUGCUGUGUGAACGAGGAAGCGACAUCUGGAGAGGAGGGGUGUGAACACGGAGUUAGCCAACAGUUCAACCACUUUCUGCUCGUUAACCGACAUUUCUUCACGUUUUUCGGCCCAGUUUGUAAACCGAGCGGGUCAAAAUGUCUUCGAUGGACUUGGAGAAGCUGAAGAUGACGGGAGCCGGGCGGGCCAUAGCGGUGCUGACCAGCGGUGGAGAUGCACAAGGGAUGAAUGCUGCCGUCCGAGCUGUGACCAGAAUGGGCAUCUAUGUGGGGGCCAAGGUCUAUCUUAUUUAUGAGGGAUACCAAGGCCUGGUGGAUGGGGGAGACAACAUCAAACUGGCCCACUGGCACAGUGUGACCAACAUCAUCCAACAGGGUGGAACUGUGAUAGGUAGCGCCAGAUGCAAGGCCUUCACAACUCGUGAGGGCAGACUUGCCGCCGCCUUCAAUCUGGUAAAGAAAGGCAUCACCAACCUGUGUGUGUGCGGCGGAGACGGCAGCCUCACCGGAGCCAACCUCUUUCGCACCGAGUGGAGCAGUCUGCUGGAGGAGCUCGUACAGAAAGGAAGGAUCACAGACACUAUGGCCAAGCAGCACAACCACCUGAACAUCGUGGGGCUUGUUGGCUCCAUCGACAACGACUUCUGCGGCACUGACAUGACCAUUGGAGCUGACUCGGCACUGCACCGCAUCAUGGAGAUAAUUGAUGCUAUCAUGACGACGGCACAAAGCCACCAGCGCACUUUUGUUCUGGAAGUCAUGGGGCGACACUGCGGAUAUCUGGCCUUGGUGUCAGCAUUGGCAUCUGGGGCAGACUGGCUCUUCAUUCCAGAGGCUCCUCCUCAGGAGGGCUGGGAGGACCGUAUGUGUGCCCGCCUAGAAGGGGUAAGACACAAAAACUACUGUAUGUAUUCACAGGAGAUCGGUUUUGAAAGCCGCAUAAAGGGGUCAAGACUCAACAUUAUAAUCGUUGCAGAAGGAGCCGUCGACAUACAUGGAAAGCCCAUCCCCUCAACUUAUGUAAAAGAUCUGGUGGUAAAGAGGCUGGGUUACGAUACCAGAGUGACAGUACUCGGCCAUGUUCAGCGAGGAGGCACUCCCUCGGCGUUUGACAGGAUACUGAGCAGUAAGUUGGGUGUGGAGGCAGUGAUCGCCCUGAUGGAGGCCUCUCCCACCACUCCAGCCUGUGCUAUCGGCCUGUCAGGUAACCACCCUGUUCGUCUGCCUCUGAUGGAGUGUGUGGAGAUGACUAAGCUGGUGCAGACGGCCAUGAACGAGAAGAGGUUUGAUGAGGCUAUUAAACUGCGUGGAGGGAGUUUUGAGAACAACUGGAACAUCUACAAGCUUCUUGCCAUCCAGAAACCUUCCCAGUCUAAGAGCAAUUUCUCUUUGGCUAUCCUGAACGUGGGCGCUCCGGCUGCAGGGAUGAACGCAGCAGCGAGGUCUGCAGUGAGGUUAGCGCUCGCACAUGGACACAAAGUCUACGCUGUCCAAGAUGGCUUUCAAGGACUUGCCAAAGGAGAGGUUUUUGAGAUGGAAUGGCACAGUGUGGCGGGGUGGACGGGCCAAGGGGGCUCACUGCUGGGGACAAAACGAACUCUUCCAAACAAGCACAUGGAGAAGAUUGUGGAAACCAUCGCCAAAUUCAACAUCUCAGCUCUGCUUGUCAUUGGAGGGUUUGAGGGGUACGAAGGUGUGCUGCAGCUGUUUGAAGCCCGGAGUCGCUAUGAUGAGCUCUGCAUCCCCAUGUGUGUAAUCCCUGCUACCAUCAGCAACAACGUCCCUGGAACUGACUUCAGCCUGGGAGCAGACACCGCUGUCAAUGCUGCCAUGGAGGGCUGCGACAAGAUCAAGCAGUCUGCCACUGGGACCAAAAGACGAGUGUUUGUGGUGGAGACUAUGGGUGGAUUCUGCGGCUAUCUGGCAACCUGCACUGGAAUAGCCGUGGGUGCUGACGCAGCAUACAUCUUUGAAGACCCUUUCAACAUCCACGACCUCAAGACCAAUGUGGACCAUCUAACUGAGAAGAUGAAGAAGGACAUCCAGCGGGGGCUUGUAUUGAGGAAUGAAAAAUGCCAUGAAAACUACACUACAGAUUUCAUCCAUAAACUGUAUUCAUCAGAGGGGAAGGGCGUCUUUGACUGCAGAGUCAAUGUGUUGGGACACCUUCAGCAGGGAGGGGCACCUUCUCCCUUUGAUAGAAACUUUGGCACCAAGUUGGGCGUGCGGGCUGUCCAGUGGAUUUCAGAGCGACUGACUGAAAACUUCCGACAAGAUCGCGUGUUUGCCAACUCACCAGAAACAGCAUGUGUGCUCGGCCUCAACAGGAAGGUCAUCGCUUUCAGCCCAGUCACUGACCUGAAGGCUGAGACUGAUUUUGAACACCGGAUGCCCAAGGUCCAGUGGUGGUUUAAACUUCGGCCGAUGUUAAAAAUGUUGGCCAAGUACCAAACGAGCUUCUGUGAAUACGUCCCAGGAGAGAUUGAACAUGUGACUCGACGCUCCAUCAGCAUCGACUCUGGGUUCUAGGCUCUCUGAAACUGCAGUAUAUUCUCUGCACUUUUUAACCCUUAUCUGCCCCUCCUUUGUUUCUACAGACUAUACUCUAAGAAUGAUUUUCAAUCUGUUGCUAUGUGUGUUUACACGACUGAAGUCUUUUUAAAGCCAGCAUUGAUCUCAGUCUGUUGUAAGCGUCAUAGUUGCUAUAGUAUGUUAAGAAUGUAAAAAUGUACUUCAAGUAUUCAUUUAUUGAACGAGGCAUUCAGUACAGAUCAAGUUUUCCUAUUCCUUGUGCCAGCUUUUGUAUAGUCAAAUCAGUCAUAAAAAGACAAUCAGAAUUUGAAUGUACUACUGAAUAUGUUAUAUAAAACAGAUUUUAUGCCGUGUGAUUAGUUUCCUUCCAAAAUUACACAGGUGAAAUGCUCUAAGACAAAUACUGAGCCAGAAAUAAUCUGAUCAGGAGCAUUAAGUAAAAGAGGUGUGUAUAUCCAUGUUUUAACAUGCUUCAUUAGCUAAAAAUAAGAGCUACUACAAUUUGGAGCUCCUCUAUAAUUUGCACAAAAAUUUAACUUUGAAUGCUCCAGUGGUUGAUUUGACUUCUGGUUCAUAUUUAACUCGCUUAAUGUCAGAAUGUGACUCAUGGGACCAGUGAGAUGGUAGUUUUCUUUUAUUUAAACACUGUGUAUGACUGAAACACUGCAUCUGUCAUUAAUUAAUGCAAACUCAAGGAAUCACAAAACAUUAGUGCAGUUUGUAACACUGUGUAAUAAAGUUUGCAGCUACUGUUCUUACAACAGAGAAAUAUGAA